CGCUUCUCUCCCUAUUCCACUCUUCCCGGGAGAGCCGUGGCUGGAGGAGUGCAGACCUGAGGGUGAUGGGACCAUCUCACCCCUAACCAUGGGUAAUUUAGCACAGUGCAGAUCUGCGUGGAUCUGACCAUCCAUCCUCAAGUCAGGGGAACUGAGUCCUUUGAAAGAGGCAGCUCUACUCAAGCUUUCUGAGGGGAGAGGGUUCAAAAGAGAACACGAUGCAGGCGUCUGCGGCCGUGACCAUCCAGGCGUGGUGGCGGGGCACACUGGUGCGCCGGACGCUGCUGCACGCGGCCCUCAAAGCUUGGAUUAUUCAGUGCUGGUGGAGGCAGAUCAUGGCGAAAGUGCUGGCCAAGAGACGGCGGGCAGCGCUGGAGGCGUACGCGCGGCACGAAUGGGCGGCGGUCAGGCUGCAGUCCUGGUUCCGCAUGUGGCGCAUCCGCCGGCGGUACUGCCGUCUGCUCCACGCCGCCCGCAUCAUCCAGGGCUACUGGCGCUGGCAUAACUGCCACACCCGGGGCUAUAUUGAAGGCCACUACGAACUCAAAGCAAACCAGCUGAACAUUGAGCUUGAAAUUUCUCUGGGCCCCCAGGCUUGUAAGGUGCAACAAUGCAUACCCCUUCCAGUAAAAGAAUAACCAGG